GAACCAAUCAUAUUUGAGCGGCGGCUUAAAUUUAAACCGCGGCUUAAAUUCUUUAAAUUUGGCCUCUGGUUCACUAAAUUUGAGCAAGAAAUUCUGAAAAAAAAGAAAAAAAUACAAUUUUGUUUAAGAAUGAAUAUUUACAAACAUAUAAAAUGUCGAACAGUCCUCAGUAUACUUUUGUUCUGGGGCCAAAUACAAAACUACAUGAUGAGAAUCAGUUUGAGUUUGAUAAUAGUUGAAAUGGUGAAGGAUUAUUCAAAGUCUGGAACUUCUACAGAUAUAAUUGUUGAAUCAUGUAUCAUAGAACACAACUCAUCCAGUAUUGGUGUGCCUACCAGAGAAGACCAUGUCCCUGACCUAGUUGAAGAAGAAGAUGAUAAACUAGACUGGGAUGCUCGAACUGUGGGUCUAGUCCUCUCAUCCUUCAGUUGGGGAUAUAUUACUACACAGCUGAUAGGAGGAAGACUGUCUGAAAUAUUCGGAUUCAAAAUAGUUUAUGGAUUAGGUCUUUCAAUCCCUGGACUUCUUAUGCUCAUACAUCCUAUAGCUGCCCAGACAGACGUUAAGCUGUUUAUAGCUCUAAGAGUGGUUUUCGGAGUACUGACAGGAGUAACAUGGCCUUCCAUGCAUGUUAUGACAGCAAGAUGGGUUCCAAUGACGGAGAGAAGCAGCUUUGUUGCUCAGAGUUAUUUCGGAUCCACUUUCGGGCUUAUUCUUACCUUUCCUAUGUGUGGAUAUAUUAUUGAAAGUUUUGGUUGGGCUGCCUGUUACUACGUUAUAUUUUGUAUAACAAUGUGCUGGUCAUUGGCCUGGUUUACUCUCAUCCAUGAUUCCCCCGACCUUCAUCCAUAUAUUUCUGAGGAGGAGAAGAGAGAUCUUAGUCAACUUCAGAUUACAAGACAGAAACAUGUUCCCUGGAAAUCAAUUCUAUCCUCUCCCCCAGUCUGGGGAACACUAAUUACAGAUUGCUGCAAUACCUGGGGGAUAAUUACUAUUUCUUCCUAUGGUCCGACUUAUUUAAAGUACGUGCUGGGUGUGGAUAUAAAAACUAACGGACUGAUAUCAGGUUUACCAAUGAUUGCGAGGUACAAUAAAUAUUUAAUAUUUAAGUACGUGCUGGGUGUGGAUAUAAAAACUAACGGACUGAUAUCAGGUUUACCAAUGAUUGCGAGGUACAAUAAAUAUUUAAUAUUUAAGUACGUGCUGGGUGUGGAUAUAAAAACUAACGGACUGAUAUCAGGUUUACCAAUGAUUGCGAGGUACUUUGGUGGAGUACUGUUUGCCAGGUUCAGUGGUUACUUAAUCAAAUCUAGAUAUUUAACUCUUCUUUCUGGAAGGAAAAUAUUCAACACUGUCUCACAGGUGCUACCAAGUCUGCUUAUAGUUUUAAUGCCAUACUCAGGGUGUAGUGUAGCCACAGUAAUAACACUACAGAUUGUAAUGUUUUUCUUCAAUGGUGCGAUUUCAUCUGGACAUUUUGCAAGCGGUGUUGAUCUAACUCCUAACUAUGCAGGAACCUUGUUGGGUGUAACCAAUACUAUGUCUGGAGGUGCUGUAGGGUCUCUAGCACCUAUGGUGGUCGGGAUCAUUUUACAGGAUGGCUAUACCUGGAAGGCUUGGACCACUGUGUUCUGGUGUGCAGGAAUAAUAUACUUUAUAGGGAACUGUUUCUAUGUUUGGUUGAUAAAAGCUGAAGCUCAACCCUGGAAUUACCAUAACACCAGGACGGAGACGGAUGCAAAGCAAGAUGCCCAGGAAGAGACUGCAGUCGCGUAAUCAAAUAACAUAAACUCUAAUUUAACAAAGAAAAUAAAUCUUUUAAUCUACUUUUUGUUUAAAAAUAAAAAAAUAAACUGA